CGGGCUUCCUUGCGCCUAGGAAAGGGCGGUCGAUCGGCUUUGCUGCGGAAAGUAGACGAGUACUAGUUACUGUCGUUCACGAGGAAGGAAUUAUCUAUACAGUAAAUAUGCUAAUAUUGAAUAAGACAGCAGGAGUUUUUUCUAAUCCAUCAAAAAGGAAUAUGUAUGAAUUUCUAAGAAGUUUUAAUUUUCAUCCUGGAAAGCUAUUUCUUCAUAAACUAGUUUUGGGAAUUGAAACCAGUUGUGAUGAUACAGCAGCUGCUGUGGUGGAUGAAACUGGAAAUGUUUUGGGAGAAGCAAUACAUUCCCAAACCGAAGUUCAUUUAAAAACAGGUGGGAUUAUUCCUCCAGUAGCUCAACAGCUUCAUAGAGAAAAUAUUCAACGCAUAGUGCAAGAAGCUCUCUCUGCCAGUAAAGUCUCUCCAAGUGAACUCUCAGCAAUUGCAACUACCAUAAAACCAGGACUUGCUUUAAGCUUGGGUGUAGGCUUAUCAUUUAGCUUACAACUGGUAGACCAGUUAAAAAAGCCCUUCAUUCCCAUUCAUCAUAUGGAGGCUCAUGCCCUUACUAUUAGGUUGACAAAUAAAGUAGAAUUUCCUUUUUUAGUUCUUUUGAUUUCAGGAGGUCAUUGUCUUUUGGCAUUAGUUAGAGGAGUUUCAGAUUUUCUGCUUCUUGGAAAGUCUUUGGAUAUAGCGCCAGGUGACAUGCUUGACAAGGUAGCAAGAAGACUUUCUUUAAUAAAACAUCCAGAGUGCUCCACUAUGAGUGGUGGGAAGGCUAUAGAACAUUUGGCCAAACAGGGAAAUAAAUUGCAUUUUGAGUUCAAACCUCCCAUGCAACGUGCUAAAAAUUGUGAUUUUUCUUUUUCUGGACUUCAUCACAUUAUUGAUAAGAUGAUAAUGCAAAAGGAAAAAGAAGAAGGUAUUGAGAAGGGGCAAAUCCUGUCUUCAGCUGCAGAUAUUGCUGCUGCAGUACAGCACACAGUAGCCUGCCACAUUGCAAAAAGAACACAUCGUGCUAUCCUAUUUUGCAAGCAGAGAGACUUGUUAUGUCAAAGUAAUGCAGUACUGGUUGCAUCUGGAGGCGUUGCAAGUAACUUACAUAUCCGAAAAGCUCUGGAAAUCGUGACAGAUGCAACACAAUGCACUUUGUUGUGUCCUCCUCCCAGACUGUGCACUGACAACGGCAUUAUGAUUGCGUGGAAUGGUGUUGAAAGAUUGCGUGCUGGCUUGGGCAUUUUACACAGCACAGAAGGCAUCCGCUAUGAGCCAAAAUGUCCUCUUGGAGCAGAUAUAUCAAAAGAAGUUGGAGAAGCUGCCAUAAAAGUACCACGAUUAAAAAUGAAGAUUUGAUUUUUGCUUUUCAAAAAAAUCCCUAAAGAGGCUUAAUGUUUCCAAUGAUAUGAAUUCUUAACAGUGCUGAAUAAAUGACACAGGUUUGUAUCAUUUGAAUUAUUUAUCCCUUUCUAGUAUAAAAUAUGCCAUUCUUCUCAGAAUUCCACCAGGAAGUUGUGACUCAGAGCUAUUAAGAUAAUUUUGAAUCAAAUUUGAAGAUUAAAGUGGUCUCUUAUUGUACAGUGGUUAAGAGCACAGGCUUUGGACUAUGGCACACAGAAAGCCCUGAGUACCUGUAGCUGCAGUCACCACCAUCAUUACUGUUAUGUUAAGGCAUGUUGGAGAAAAUAACUGCUAAUUAAUGUAUGUGUUCACUGCAGCCCAGGUAGACUAUAGAGACAAUUGAGCAAAGUGGACAGAGAAAAACAGUGGCUCUUUAAAGGACCCACUGAAACCUAGUUAGCUUUUAUAUCAAAUCCAUUUGCUGCUGUAAAAAUAUGAGAAGCAGACAUACAUCAAAACUUGCACUUACUGGGGCUUCCCUGGUGGCGCAGUGGUUGAGAGUCCGCCUGCCGAUGCAGGGGACACGGGUUCGUGCCCCAGUCCGGGAAGAUCCCACAUGCCGCGGAGCGGCUAGGCCCGUCAGCCAUGGCCGCUGAGCCUGCGCAUCCGGAACCUGUGCUCCACAACGGGAGAGGCCACAACAGUGAGAGGCCCACGUACCGAAGAAAGAAAAAAAAAACUUGCACCUACUGGAAACGAUACUGGUUGGGCAAAGACAUCACAUGAUUCUAAGCCACAAAGAAUGUCAUCUAUUCCAGCUGCAAACCAAAGAUACUCUGUAUGUAUGGAGAAUGGUCAACAGUGGUGGCCACACUUUCUAGCCAUACUUUUGUGCUUGAUGGGAAAUGAUUUCAAAUUUUUUUUUAGUAAAAUGUUUUUAAAAAUACACAUUUCAGAUUUUAGAAGACUCGUGUACCUGUAGUAUUUAUCAUUGAAUAUCUUAAGGUAGUACAGUGAGUGUUAACAUGUAGCCUACUUUGAAUCAGGUCUUUUUAGCCCAGCAUACCAAUUUAAAACUGUUUCUUAUUUUAAAAUGUUUCUAACACUUGAUAUAUACACUAAUUGUGCCACUUGUGUCAGUUGCUAUAUCUUAAUAGUUUUAAGUGCAGGCAUUCUAUUAUAGAAAAUUCUACUUAUUUUUUGAAACCAUAAUUCUGACCUGAUGUUAAAUUCCAGUAGACAUGCUAAGGAAAAUUUGUUAAGCAUCAGUAUCAAGAACUUCCAUUCAAAAAGAUUACUCAGUUAUGUAUAUUUUACCACAAUUAAAAAUAAAAAAAUUUAAAAGAUUGCUCAGGAGUCCUUUUACACUAAAAUGUUUUUAAUUAGCCUUCUGCAGGCUCCGGAUUAGCUUUCUGUACAUGUUUCCCAAGUUGGCUCAAAAGCACUAUUCUUGGUCUUGAUACAGUUGUGAUAUCUGAUGAAAUUGCAGGUGAAAAGGAAAAAAUAUUGUGAGAAACAGUGGUCUGUUUUGUUUUGAAGAGUCCCAUGAAGUUAGUUACAGGAGGUAUAAAAGUCAAAGAAUCUCUUGGUUGAAUUUUGGGUUUUAAUUUUCUUCGGUGCUCUUUCCCUAAAAAUUAGAGAGCCACAAUUAAGUGUCUCUUUCUUAAGCCUAAGAGCCCUAGGUAUAGUCUCAUUGCAUUUAGUUCUAUAUAUUUCUGUUUUCUUCACAUCACUAAAACAUACUAAGAGAACAGAUCAGUAGCUUCCAGACUUUCAAAUGCCAGAGUACAAAAAUUUGUGGGGAUCAAUAUACAGUUGCCAACUUUUUAUUAUGCCAAGUUUGCACUAGUGAAAGAAUAAAUGCCAGCUACUUUAAACACCGUUUUGUAAAAGAGGGAAUAUUUUAAUGUCAAUAGAAAGUGUAAAAGGCAUUAUCUCAAAAUGGAGGACUUUACUUGAAUGAAAUUAACUUUAUCAGAAAUUUGAUUGUCCUUAUUUUUUCUUAUGUUACUACAAACUUGUGAAAACUUUAUCAGACCGAUACUGGUAUACAUAUUGUUAUUCAGAAACCAAUAUUAAAGUGAAGGAAUAAUGGAACUGGCUUUAUUCUUUUAUGUAAAUUACUCUUACACUGAAGAAGCUAUACAAAAACCAGACGUUCUUCUACCCAUGAUAUUCAGAAAUAAUAGCCUCCCACACAUGCUUAGCUUCCCUCAUAUCUCCCUGAAUAAAUGAAGUUCUUUCCUCUCCUUUUCUUUUCUUAUUCUCUCUCUUUCCAUUUGUGACUCCAGCAAAGUGA